UACAGGAAAUGACCAGAGACUGCGGACACAGUACAGGAGAUGACCAGAGACUGCUGACACAGUACAGGAGAUGACCAGAGACUGCGCGACACAGUACAGGAGAUGACCAGAGACUGUGAACGCAAUACAGGGAAUGACCAGAGACUGCGGACAUAGUACAGGGAAUGACCAGAGACUUUGGACACAGUACAGGGAAUGACCAGAGACUGUGGACAGCACAGAUGACCAGAGACUACGGACAUAGUACAGGGAAUGACCAGAGACUGCGGACAGGGAAUGACCAGAGACUGCGGACAUAGUACAGG